AUGUUCUCACAAGGCCGUCUGUGCUGUUCGCCCUCAAGGCCUUCCCCGGCGCCCCCACGCGGAAGGCAGCUGCGGACGAGAGACGGGCCUCGCACCGCCCGGGGCUGCGGAAGCCGGCGCCGGUUCGCGGGGCUCCGGGCCGCCUCUCAGAGCCGCGAGCUACGGCCGCCCCCGGACUCGCACCACGGCCGCCGGGGACCGCCACCCCGCAGAGACGGAGGCGGUGACGCCGGAGCCGCAGCCGGUCCCGGGGUCGGAGCCGGUCCCGCAGCCGAUCGCGCCGCAGCCGCUCGAAGUCUGGGUCCCGCUCUCGCUCCCGGUCGACCUCCAAGUCCAGAUCCGCGCGAAGGUCCGAGUCCAAGUCCUCGUCGGUCCCCAGAUCUCGCGCGCGGUCCCGGUCCCGAUCUGGGUCCAGGACUCCUCGCCCCGCGUCCAAGAGGGAAUCCAAACCCAGGUCGCGAUCGGAGAGUCCCCCUAAGUCUCCCGAAGAGGAAGGAGCGCUGUCCUCGUAAGAAAAAGACGCAUCCGCGAGCAGUAGACAUGGAGUACUUGGGGGAAGAGGACCACAGACUCAGUCCAUCUAAGAAGAGUCCUUGGAACAAGCAACUGGCUAUUGAGAAGGCGCAGUUGUGUAGCAGUUGAGUAGUGCUGGUUAGCUGUUACGGUGGCGUGCUGCAGUGCAGAGUGCUUGGCUGUUUCCUGUUUUCUCCUGAUUGCUCCUGUGUAAAGAUGCCUUGUCGUGCGGAAACAAAUGGCUGUCCAGUUUAUUAAAAUGCCUGAUGACUGCACUUCCAGUCACCCGGGCCUUACAUGUAAAUAACGGAGCAUACAGUGAGCACAUCUAGCUGAUGAUAAAUACAGCUAUUGUUUCCUCCUCCCCCCAAAAAUGGUAAAUCUGAUCAUAUCUAUAUGUAUGAACUUAACAUGGAAAAUGUUAAGAAAAUGGAUGUAACUUUGUAAGUACUUACAACAUGGUGUAUCUUUUUGCUUAUAAAUAUUCUGUACUAUAACCAUUGUUUCUGUAGUUUAAUUAAAACAUUUUCUUGGUG